AUGAUUUGUUCGAUCACAUGUUUUCAGCGGAAGAGAAAGAGAGUGGCAGAGGGUUACGGUAUAUCGGAUAGUGGUGAGACAAGUCGUCGUUCGACAAUCAGCAGAAUGGAUAUGGUAGAGUUGAGUCGUGAUUUAGAGGUGAAAAACAAGUAUCCUGAGCUAUAUCAAAUGAUUGUUGCCCAGAGACGUUUUGGCUCGACAGAGAAUCGCGAUGCGCCGGUUGUCGUCCACAAUGCCAAUCGAGACACCUCUAAGGAUGACGACUCAAAGCAACUACUUUAUGCGGAAGCAGUAGAAUUGCUGAAAAGGUGCCGCAAACAAGAGCGUCAACUUCGUGAAAUGCAAAAGAACUACGACAAUCUUCUCAGCGUUAAUAAACAGAUUAAAGAGACUUAUGUGAAGAUCUAUGCAAAAGCCGAACAAGAAGAAGAGUACAUUUCGAAUAUAUUGCUGAAGAGGCCAGUGAAUAGCAUUACAACUAUUGAUUUUAUUCGAUGUAAUGAAGUAAUGCUGAUUCAAAAGCUGAAGAAUGACAAGGAGACCUUAGCUCAGAAAUAUGAACAGGAAGAAGAGUUUCUAACGAAUGAUUUGAUGAGAAAAAUCAAGCAGGUUUGCAAUUUUGGAGAAAUACUGGUAUAUGUCAGCUGUAAUUCGCUGCAUUCAGAGAACCCCAUUCACUAUCGUAACAACACCUAA